UGAGCUAGGCCAGCUGUGUUGUGAAUUGAUCUCUCUAUUUCUUCUUCAUCCACUCUGUCUCUCCCCUCAACUUUUCCUUUAGACCAUUGUCUUCUAAAGUUAAUUGAGAAAUAAUGAAAGUUUGGAUUUUGCAUGAUUUUGUUUUAUUAGGCUUCUUGUUAGUAUUGUUUUUAACUUCUUAGUUUUGCUUGUACUUCUUAUGAUGGGCUCAGAAGUGGAGGAAUUAAUUAAAAAGGAGAACUAUGUAUUUGUACCCAAUGGAGAUAAGGAGGAUUUGUACAAUUUCUCUAAAUUCACCAAAAUCUGUGUCAUUUUGGUUGGUUUUGGUGGUGCAAGUUUUUCUUGUCAUGUCUUUUUAUAAGUGAAUAAUAUAAGUGACAAGAAAAAGUUAAAGCUUGCUUGCUCUUUACAUUGCUCUUCCUUUUUUAGCUCUCUUCUCUCACUUUCUAUACAAUUUUUCCCACUGAAAACCAAAAAAAUAGUGAACUUUCAAGAAACUUGCAAUAAUGAAGAGAGUUCGUAGCUCUGAUUCUUUGGGUGUGCCUUUGAUGUCCAUGUGUCAAAAUACUACAGAUGACCACCACCAAUGGAACAGUCAAGUUUAUUCAAGAGACUUUCAAUCCAUGUUAGAAUUAGGCUUAGAUGAAGAAGCUUGUGUGGAAGAAUCCGGCCAUGGAUCGGAGAAGAAACGGCGGCUAAGGGUUGAUCAAGUGAAGGCUUUAGAGAAGAAUUUUGAAGUGGAAAACAAGCUUGAUCCUGAAAGGAAAGUGAAGUUAGCUCAAGAACUUGGUUUGCAACCAAGACAAGUUGCUAUUUGGUUCCAAAACCGCCGUGCGCGGUGGAAGACAAAGCAAUUGGAGAGAGAUUACAAUGUUCUCAAAGCCAAUUUUGAUUCUCUCAAACAUAACUAUGAAUCUCUCCAACAUGACAAUGAAGCUCUCUUGAAAGAGAUUUGUGAGCUGAAAUCAAAGCAAAAUGGGGGAAAUAAUGAAAGCAAAGCUGAUGUAAAAGAAGAGGCUAUAGAGUCUGAAACUGAUGACAAAUAUAUUGACCAAAGCAAGCCAAACAACAGUACUACUCUUGGAAAUUGUGAAGAUGAUAGUACAGAACUCAACUUUGAGAGCUUUAAUGGUGGAAAUGGAACUAUAAAUGACUCCAAUAUUUUUGCCGAUUUCAAAGAUGGGUCAUCAGAUAGUGACUCAAGUGCAAUCUUGAAUGAAGAAAACAGCCCAAAUUAUGCUGCCAUUUCAUCAUCUGGAGCUUUCUUGAUUUCCAACAAUGGAGGAUCAAAUUCUUCCUCUUCAAAUUCAUCAUUGAAUUGCUUCCAAUUCUUUGACUCAAAUCCAAAAGCAAUUCUUGGGGAUGCCAAGGACAAGGUUUUUUGCAAUAAUCAGCCACAGUUUGUAAAAAUGGAGGAGCACAACUUUUUCAGUAGUGAGGAAUCGUGUAGUACUCUGUUCGCAGAUGAACAAGCUCCUACACUUCAUUGGUACUGUCCUGAGGACUGGAAUAAUUGGAAAGACUCCUAAUUUUAUGAAAUCCCUUGAGAAAAUAAGGAAGAAAGAGGAGUCCCAAGAAUGUCUGAUGGGGAACAAAUUUUGUAUAGUGGGGUGAAAUUUAUCAGUGCAGUAAUUUGUUUCAUCGAGUGACAUUCAGAUUCAUUUGCAAGAUAUUUAAAUACGCAACAAAAUAUCGUAAAC